AUGUCUCUGGCAAUGUAUUCAUGUCAUAUCAUUUUCAGCGCGUGCGCUGUCUUUGUAGUGUUGAGUACAUUUGACGUAUCAUUUCGACAUGAACAUUUCGUUUAGUCGAUUGACUUGAAAGACCGUCUAGUGUUUUUUUUAAAUAAUAAAAAUUGAAAUAACCUUCUUAAUAUACCGUUUAAUUGAUGCUUGAACUAAAAACCGAAGCGAUGUUUGGGAGUAUAACAACGUAUUUAAAUGCGAUCGCUCGUUUAUGGCAUGCUCAAGACGGUGCAUUAGUGGCUCAAUUGGUGUCUUUACGGGAUCGUCAUGCGAUUAAUUCACAGCUGCAAAUUGAAUCCCCCGAAAAAAUGGUGGAACGCAUUGUUGAUCCACCAAUCGACGAAGUUGUGGCCGAACACAUCAAGGUGAUGUACUAUCUCUCUCGAACACCGAAAAAUUACAUGAAAGCAUAUAAGCAUCAAACGGCCUGUGCCCAAAAUGUGGUUAAGAUGUUGCAAACAAUGAAAGAAGAGAAUUGGCCACUGCCCGUAAUGUACACGGUGUGUUUGGAUUUGAGGCUUCUGGCACAAAAAUGCGAAGAGUAUGAAGGAUGCCAUGUAUCGAAGCCGGGCGAAAUACUUGAAAAAGCCGCCGAGUGUUUAAUGGGAUGUUUUCGUGUGUGUGCCGCCGAUAACCGAUCCUCCGACGAAGACACCAAGCGCUUGGGAAUGUUGAGCUUGGUCAAUCAACUGUUUAAAGUGUAUUUCCGUAUCAAUAAACUGCAUUUAUGCAAACCAUUGAUUCGUGCUAUCGAAAGUUCAGCGUACAAAGACUCAUUUCCAUUGGCCCAACAAAUCACGUACAAGUAUUUCGUUGGCCGCAAAGCGAUGUUCGAUUCGGAUUACAAGACGGCCGACAUGUAUUUGAGCUAUGCAUUCAAUCAUUGCCAUAAAAAGUUUCCAAAAAAUAAGCGUCUCAUUCUGAUCUACUUGGUGCCGGUGAAAAUGCUACUUGGAUAUAUGCCAAAACGUGAGAUGCUCGAACGUUACGAUGUACUCCAAUUUCAUGAGCUGGCGUGCGCACUGAAAGAAGGCAACAUAUCGAAAUUUGACGAAGUCAUUCAACGCCAUGAGAAGUUUUUCAUCGAGUAUGGCAUUUACUUGAUUGUUGAAAAGUUAAAAAUGUACGGCUAUCGGAAUCUUUUCAAGCGGGUAUAUCUCAUCACACAAACGCAUCAAUUGGACUUGCAACUUUUCCUAGUUGCUCUUCAAUUUGCCGGCGAAAAUGACAUUACCAUGGACGAAACGCAUUGCAUUGUCUCAAAUUUAAUAUUUGAAGGACGAAUCAAAGGCUAUAUAUCGCAACAGCACAACAAACUGGUUGUGUCCAAACAGAAUCCAUUUCCACCAUUGAACUCAAUCUCCUAGAUUAUUCACCAUUAUUUCGGCCAAUUUUUUUAAUCAAAUCCAUACAAAUACACAUUGUUCAUAAGUCAAUACAGAAAAAUAAUGAAUAAAAUUCGUUUCAUAUGGAUUUUACUAUAUAACAACA